AUGAAAUUGCAAACUGCCUCCAUUACCUUAACUACCUAUACAUUAUUGGCUUCCAGAGUUACAUAUGGGUUUCCAGUGGAUAGCUCCCAAACGGUGCUUAUAAAAAGAUUUGAUCAAGAUUAUAAUAGUACUUCAAUAAUUGAAAAAUUCAAGGACAGAUUAUCUUCAUUUUGGAAAGAUCACUCAGAUCUUGGCGUGAGUGCGAUUGCUGGGGCCGCCUUGGCACAGGCAGCAGGAUACAGUAACAGUAGUAGCCUUUCUAUCCCUGGCGUGGUGCCUACUGGAACAAAUGACGAUAUUAUUGCUACCACUUCUUUUGAUGCUUCGGACAGCACCGAUACCACUAUUGCUAAUGAUUAUGAUAGUACUGAUGACGAUGAUAGUAAUAGUGAUGGCUAUAAAAUUACUGCAACAACCAGCGAAGCCAUAACCGGAAGUGAUUCUACUGAUCAAGCGUACCUCAGUUCAUCAUGA